CAGAAGAUAGACAAGCGUCCGAAACAACAGCACACAGAGGACUGACUGACUAGAGCGGACAGAGGAGCAGUUCGUACCUGUUUUUUUUUUUUUUUAAUUAAUAUAAUUUAGCCUGAGCCUUUUCUCACUUCCACCCGCAGAUCUCUCCGAUUUCCUUCUCUCUUCUCUGAUUUCCUUCCUCAUUACUACCUCUCAUCGAAAUCAGCAGGAGAGCAAGAGAGAGGGGGCUCUGCAAUGGCGAGCGGUGGCUACGGAGAUGCGAAUCAGAAGAUCGAUUACGUAUUCAAGGUCGUCCUCAUCGGCGACUCUGCUGUCGGGAAAUCUCAGAUUCUUUCCCGCUUUGCUAGGAAUGAGUUCAGCUUAGAUUCAAAGGCUACCAUUGGUGUUGAGUUUCAGACUCGAACCCUAGUAAUCCAGCACAAGAGUGUCAAAGCUCAGAUUUGGGAUACAGCUGGACAAGAAAGAUACAGAGCUGUAACAAGUGCAUAUUAUAGAGGGGCAGUUGGGGCAAUGUUAGUUUAUGACAUAACUAAACGUCAAACAUUUGAUCACAUACCCCGCUGGCUGGAAGAGCUACGUAGUCAUGCUGACAAGAAUAUUGUGAUCAUACUGAUUGGAAAUAAAUGUGAUCUUGAAAGCCAGCGGGCUGUUCCCACAGAGGAUGCUAAAGAGUUUGCUGAGAAAGAAGGUUUAUUCUUCUUAGAGACAUCCGCGUUGGAAGCAACAAACGUCGAGACUGCCUUCUUGACUGUUUUGACAGAGAUAUUCAAUAUCGUGAAUAAGAAGAAUCUGGUUGCAGGUGAGGAUCAAAGCAACGGAAACCUCGGCUCCCUUGCCGGGAAGAAGAUCAUCAUUCCUGGUCCUGCACAAGAAAUCCCAACCAAGAGCAAGAUGUGCUGUAAAUCAUCUUGAUCGUUCCAACAUUUUGGCUUAUUCAAUAUUUUGUUCUACAUUUUUAUUAUCAUCUGUAGGUUAUCUUUUUGUUUUCUCCUUGUAAAUUUUGAUUGUUGUAGUUUCCUUUUGGAGGAACCGGUUGAUUACAUUCUAUAAGGUGGGAAUUAUCGAGAUUGCUUUUACUGAUCCA